UGGGGGUGGAGGCCCCCUGUGCGAGACUAAUGUAUGGAAAAUUGUACGCCACGCGGUUUCAUUGGUGUCGCGUGGGAGUCGGGCCGGCCGGCUUCGGAGUGAAUGGAGCAAGCUGUAGUGUAUGGAGUUAUUUUUAAGAAACAAAAAUUAUUGUGAGAGUAAAGACUGAUCAAAAGCAGGAGCAAUGGUUAAAGACUCGAGAGGUGGGGCGAGGUGCACAUUCCCCCAUUGUACAACUGUUGGUGGACGGGGUAUUUCUCUGUACCGUUAUCCGAAAGACCCAAAUCUACGAGCCGUGUGGUUGCAACUAAUUGGUAGACCGGAUUAUGUGCCGUACGAUGGGGCACGCCUUUGCGAGUUGCAUUUCUCUCCAUCUGUGAGAAGUCGUAGGGGGCUACUACCUGGAGCUGUACCCCUAACAGUAAGGCUGCCUGUACCUGAUCCGGUUUGUUCCUGCAAAGUACGGUCCUUCUCUGCACCUUUACGUGACCACCCAUAUGCCUCUUUGAACAGUGAAUCCUGCAAAGUACAUGGUCAUCUAGUUCGUGUUCGGAUUGUAUCCGAAUUAGAAGACAAUUGUAGUUUGCUGGAGGAGUUCCAUAAGCUCAAGAGACUUCAAGCUCAGAAUGUUAAUGUUAAGCCUGUACCUAAAAUUAAAUUCUCAUCUGCUGACAUUAAGAAGGGCCUCCAGCUUUGGCUUGCCUGCGGAACUUCUGGUUACAAGAAGGUGAUAGAGUUCCACAACACCAAGGAAACUCGCCUUCCUGCAAUCAGGACUCUGCAGGCUGCCACUCAGCACCUUAAGUUUGCCCCUGGAAUUUUGGAAGAGGUAAUGGUACCACUUAAAGCAAAAUUUCAGGGGUAUACUAAUGAUAAUGAUAGGGAUAUAAAUAUUGUUUUUGACGAGUUUAUGAACAAGAAGCAAAUAGAUUAUGAUCCCAGUUUGAAACGGAUGUUUGGCUAUUGUACUCUACCUGGACAGCAGCACAUGCUAGCUGAGAAGACGGAACUUUAUGUGUUCAGGUCUGUUCACCAAAGACUCAAACAAAUAGUUGCUUAUCAGCAGAAUCCUAAAGAGUCAGCAGAUGAGGCCAAAAAAGAUUUUAUUAUUAAGUUACUAGAGAAAGCCCAUGAGAUAGGUGCUAAUGUUAUCUCUUUAGUCUGUGAUAUGGGGAACCGGGGGGUUUUAUCUAAGUUAGGUUUUUGCACACAGAUGGGUAAAGAGCGGUGGUGCAUUCCCAAUCCUGUGACUGGGGCGAAGCUAUGGGUCAGCCCCGACCCAGUGCACAUUUUCAAGUCAGUUAAGGAGGGCUUCACCAAGCAAGGGACCAUCAUAAUACCCAAGAGAAUUAAAGAGGAAUUUGGCUUACCAAGUAGGGAGGUCAACCUCGACCACAUUCUGUGGCUUGAAGCAUUUCAGAGGGGUGAUACUCUGCAACUAAUGCCAGGCCUUACAUUUAAAGACAUAGUUACCUCACACUUUUCCAAAAUGAAUGUAAGGGCGGCCACCAAAAUCUUUAACAGCAGACUGGCCGCAGUCCUUAAAUACCUGUCUGUCAGAGGGAUUGUCCCUAAAGAGUUCGAAACAACGGCCUGGUUCCUUAAAUUGAUGAACCGUUGGUUUCAACUUAUGUGCUCCAGAAAUUUACAGUUUGCUCUGGGGCACAGGAAUGAGGCUGCUUAUGAGGAGGCUAUUGAGCACCUAGGACUAGUCAUUUGUGUUUUCAGGCACAGUCAAAUUCCUAGUGGGUGGAAACCAUACCAAUCUAACAUUAUUGUUGCAACUAAGGCCAUGUUAGAAAUUCAGCGGCACCUUUUAGAUGAAAAAAAAUACCAAUUUAUUCAAACUGCUGCUUUUUCCACAGAUUGCAAUGAGAAUAUAAAUUCACAGGUCAGAUUGUCAUGUCCCAAUCCGACUCCUUUAGAGGCCAAAAAUAGAAUUAAACAAAUAACUAUUUCACAGUUUUCAAUGGAUAUUAAAUCCUCGUCCUAUAACUUUGAUGGUUGUGAAGAUUUUGUUGAUAUGCUUUUACGGCCUAACGAGCCAACUGAACCAUCAUUUGAUCUUGACUUUGAUUGGUCCACCAUCAAAUGGACAGACACUGUCCCAGUUAGUGCCGCCCAUGAAAAUGAUGUAUUGUACAGAAUAUCUGGAUACAUUAUUAUUACACUCAUGAAGAAAAAACAAUUAAAGUGUCAGUCCUGUGUGUCUGCAUUAGAGCACCCUGAUAAGGACCCUCAUCCCAACUCUUUGCUUUUACAUCUGAUGGACUUUGUACCUGGGGCUCAGUUUGCUGUUAUUGAUGUCUUAUUUCAAAUGUUCAAGUUAAUUGAAUACAAUUUACGAGAGUGGAUUCCACAAAUAAAGCAUCUGGAGAGACUAGAUUGUCUCAUCCAAUCAGUUGUGCAGCCAGGCACAGCUCACAUACAACUGCCAACCUGUCAUGAUGUGAAAGAAAAGUUAGUUAAAACUUUCACUAUUAUGAGGUUUAGGCAGUUGGCUGUGACUGAGCUCUCACCCGAGGAGAAGAACACUGCAAGUUCUUUGGCUAGUAAAAGUACUGGUGGCCACUACCUUGCAUCUAAUUUUGGAACACCAGUUAAACGUACACCCUUUCCAAAACAAACAAGUUAUACUCCAUCUCCACUCACCACUCAACAGCAAAACCGACAAAAUUAUUCAACAGUCAAUACUCCACAGCAGACCCAGCAAAACAAAGAAACGCCACUCAAAACUCCAAAACAAAACCUUCAUUUGACACCUCCAGCUACUAAUCACAGAGCAUUGCCUUCACAACAGCAACUCAAUGUCCCUCUUGGUGUGGCCUCAUCCUCUACUCCGGUGCGCAAGCCACCAAAUGUAUUCCUUAAGCGUAUCAUUAAUUUGCCUUAGUAUUUUAUGUUGUAUGACUCUUUUCGUAGUGUUGUAUUAAAGUCAAGAUAUUGUUCUAUUUUAAGUCACGGUCUUGUGAGUUAUAUUGUUUGGCAUUCCAUAUGCUACUCUGAUAAAUAUUUUAUGUGAUAUUAUGAUUUUAUUUGCAAAUUGUUGUUUUGUUAAGUUAGUAUUAAUAAUGAUCUCAUAAAGGAACUCUGAAAGACUGUUAAAAUAUUUCUUUUUGCAUUAUUAAUUAGUGAUACGAUUUGAUUAGUAUUGGCUCGUACCUGACUGCUACUGUUCCUUUAAGU